GCUGCGGCGGGGCCGGGGGCCGGCGGGCGGCGAGCGCUGCCGCCGUGCCGCGGCUGGUGCCGUGCCGCGGUGGGGUUAUGCCGCCGCGCCGCCCGCCCCGCCGCCCGCCCGGGGUCCGGGGAGGCAGCGCCCGGCGGCGGGCGGGAUAAUGCGGCUGCGGGCCGGAGCCGGAGGCGACGCCAGCGGGGAGCCCCCGCCGCCGCCAUGUCCCCCCCGGCCUCGGCGGCCGCGGCCAGCGAUGGAGGUAGCGGCACGUCGGUGCCGCCGGAGGAGGCGGAGGGGGUCCGAGAGGAGCAGCGGCCGGUGAAGCAGUCUCUCAGCAAGUCGCUGUGCCGAGAGUCCCACUGGAAAUGCCUGCUGCUGUCGCUGCUGAUGUAUGGCUGCAUGGGAGCCAUGACGUGGUGCCAUGUCACCAAGGUGACCCGGCUGACCUUUGACAGCGCCUACAAGGGCAAGUCUAUGAUGUACCACGACAGCCCCUGUUCCAAUGGCUACGUCUACAUCCCUCUGGCCUUCCUGGUGAUGCUCUACGUGGUGUACCUGGUGGAGUGCUGGCACUGCCAUGUCAAGAGAGAGCUGCAGUACAAGGCUGAUGUGGAAAGCGUGCAUGAGCGAGUGCAGAGGAUGCAGCAAGCCACUCCGUGCAUCUGGUGGAAGGCCAUCAGCUACCACUAUGUCCGGAGGACCCGGCAGGUGACCCGCUAUCGUAAUGGGGAUGCCUACACCACCACCCAAGUGUAUCACGAGAGGGUCAACACCCACGUGGCAGAGGCAGAGUUUGACUAUUCCAACUGUGGAGUUAAGGACAUCUCCAAGGACCUCAUUGACUUGGAGAGCUACCCAGCCACAAAGCUGAGGUUCACCAAAUGCUUCAGCUUUGCCAACAUUGAGUCUGAGAACUCUUAUCUGACACAAAGGGCUCACUUCUUCACAGAAAUAGAGGGGCUGGAUGACUACAUGGAGGUAAGGGAGGGGAUGCACCUCAAAAACGUGGACUUCAAGGAAUACAUGGUGGCCUUUUCCGACCCAGACAACCUGCCUUGGUACGUAUCCCACUAUGUUUUCUGGGUGGCUGCUUUGCUGACCCUAUCCUGGCCCCUGCGGGUGCUAAAUGAGUACCGCACUUCCUACGUCCAUUACCACGUGGAGAAACUCUUUGGGUUUGACUACGUGGCAGUGACACCAGCUGAGGAGCGCUCCUUCUGCCGGAGGAUGCCCCGUGUCAACACGGUGGACAGCACCGAGCUGGAGUGGCACAUCCGAUCCAACCAGCAGCUGGUGCCCAGCUACUCGGAAGCCGUCCUGAUGGACUUGGUGGGGCUGUCUGGCUGCACCAGCUACUCCGCGUGCCGCUACGGGGGCUACCGGCAGAACUGCGAGCGGUGCCACAGGACUAUAAGCAGCUCUUCCAUCUUCUCCCGCAGCGCCCUGAGCAUCUGCAACGGCAGCCCCCGCAUCCCCUUCAGCAGCAGCCGCUUCUCGCUGGGCCGCCUGUACGGCUCACGGCGCAGCUGCCUCUGGCAGAGCCGGAGCGGGAGUCUGAAUGAGCAGAGCUGCCCAACAGAGCAAACCCGCCUCUCCAGCCAAGUGACAGUGGAAGAGGAAGACCCCCCUCCUUAUCAGGACGCCCUCUACUUUCCCAUCCUCAUUGUGCACCGCAACGAAGGCUGCCUGAACCAUGACCACCGUCACCUCCACCGCAACGGGUCCUGCGUGGAGACCUCACUGUGAAGGUGGAGGGGCGGUGGGAUCUCAUUGCCGAUGGCCUGGCCCGAGCCAGCGUGGGGUUUGAGGGAGGAGCACUGGGAAGGGAGAUGGCCCAGGAGGAUGAAGUGGGACAGAGAAGUGGCUCUGACCUCCUGCAGGGGUGAGUGAUGGUGCUCCCCCGACCUGGCACAGAACUCUAGAUCAACCACCACAUGCAAAAAAGAAAAAUAAUCAUCCUAAAACAGUACUUCACAGUGUCAAGAUCCAGAGCAGGGAAGGAAAAGACAGGCCUGGAACAAGGAGGGGGUGCUGCAGUGGGUGCUCCAUCCCCAGGCUGGCAUGUACUCGGAGGAGAAGCAGCAACCAGCAGACAGACCCUGCUGCACCUCGCUGCCUUCCUCCCCUUGCUGCAGCCAGACCCUGGCAGGCUGGGGGCAGCAGCAUUCCCACCUGCAUAUGAAGGCCCAGGGCACCCAGGCACUGGCACAGACUGACAGCUUAGAGAGAAGGCUGAACACCACAAAUCCAGCUUCCCCUGCCCCCUGGCUGUACCCCACCCUCCCCAUUUGUUUUUUAGGCUGUGCUCCGACUGUUACAUGCUCUCACUGGGAAAGGCAUCACCUCUGGAGGACCCCAGGCACAUCUCCUUAGGAAGCUUUGGCACUCUGAGGGUCAGCGUCCCCUGGGUAAAGGACUGUCUGUUUGGGAUGGCCGUGGACAGGCAGCCGUGGGUGCCUCUAGGCGGAAUGGAGUGCAGCAACGCUGAUCUACUGAUUGGAGGAGGGCUCAGCUGGAAGAUGAGCGAGAGGUCCCUGGAUACACAGAUGAGCCUUGAGAGGUCACAUCCCUCGGAUCUGAAAGGCCUUGCCCCCGGAGCACUGUUUGUUUGUGCCUGUGUGCCCUGGACAGUAUCUUUUGCACUUCAAGUCAAUUUGUCCUCCUGGAUCUCAAAGGUUAGGCUCCAAACAACAGUGGUUUGAACAGAAAAUCCCUUAAAAUCUUACUCUGUUAUGCUUCUGUCGUGUAACCUACCCUUAUUUUAACUACCAGACAUAGAUGUCUGAAAUAAGAGGGCCUCUAUGAGAAUCUGGAAGCACAAGCUCUCUGGUAUGGGCACAUCUUCCUCUGCUUUCUGUUCUCGGUAUUAAUGGCACAGAUUCAGACUGGGUGGAAGUGGAUACAGCCCCACUGGCUGCCCUGGGAUUUCCAUGCUCACUGACAGCCCUUGGCUCUCUGGGUGCUUUUGCUUCUCUCUUCAAGGGCAUAAUGCAAGCCUAGGCCCAUGCUGAGAAUCCUCACAGUGUGCAUGGGCUUUUAUAUGCUGGUGAAUUAGGAGACAUUCAAUCAGUGGAGCUGCACUGGGUCACUAGUGAGGAAUUUGUGUCCCUUCCAACACAGUCUCUUUAAAAUCUCCUACACGUUGCUUAAAUCAGGCUGCAGUAUCUCUAGCCUCCAAGGUGCCUUAGACAGAUGGAUUCAGCAAAGGUUUGGCAGGCAUUUUAUUUCCCUAGGGCACAGAAAGUCCUCCAAAGAGGGACUGUGCCCUGUCCUUUAAAGUUCUGCUGGUCCCUGUCUCUCUUUGGGCUUCUUCAUGAUGUUUCUCCAGGAGCAGACUGCUCCACGCUCUAGAAAGCUUUGCUGUUUUCAAUACACCACUGACCCCUUGCAGCUUUCCAUGGGCCAGGAAUCAGAUUCAGUUGCACUUGCCAGCAUUUUUCCUCUCAUACUGGGACAGGAGAGGUGGGAACACUGCCAGCACCUUGUCCUGGCACUUCACAUUGCUGACACAUCCCUAGAAGAGUGCUCUUCUACCCUGUCACAAGGCUGGAAAAUGUAUUUGCACUGUUUGGUGUUUCCUUUUGCUGCCAUUGUAGCUGCCGGAAGCUCUCCAGCUUUCAUGAACUAAAGGGGCUCUGGGUUAGCUGACCUCCAAGGCACAUCACCACCCAUUUAUCUGUCUUUCAGCACACACUAGAAAUGUCUCAGAUAGCGCCCAGAACACCUCUGCCCUCUUUGUUAUCUUUCUCCAUUCAUGCUUGCGAGGCUCCAAUGCUGUUUGUGGAUGCCUGUGUGGGGGAGACCACAGGAUAAGGUUUGUUAAGAGGAAAUUCAAGAAAGAUGGGUAGCAUGUGAUGGCAGUAAAUCAUUGCCUGCUAAUUAGCUUGUGGAAAGAGUAAUACCUUUUAAGCUUUCCUUCCAGCCUUUCCGAUGGUGGCUUCGGUACUGCUGUCUGAUUUCACCAGGAUGCUGCCUUAUUUCUAGCAGGGCAGAACCUUGCUGCAGUGCUCUCCUACUCUGCUGCAGCAUCCAUAGGGUGCAUUUCUGAGACAUGGCAAUAUCACUGAGAAGUCGUGCUACCAAAGAACUGUAAUUCUCAACUUGUGGUAUGGGCUUCUAAUCACGUUUCAUGUAUGGUCAGUGGUUACAAUGAGGUCUGUGUGAAUAUGAAGAUGGGUCUCUAUGAGAACGAUCUGGAUCUGUAUCGUCCCAGAAAUGUGUUAUGGUUUGUUAGCUCUGUUUGGUAACACUGCCUCCUGCAUUGCAUGUGAGCCUAUAAUUUCCAUUAAGCCAGAUGUACCUGGGGAUAGAAGGCUGUAUUAUAGGGCCUGGGAGCAUAUUAGAGACUUCGGGUUGAGCCCACUUAGGUUCAUGUUUCUGUGGGAAUUCUGGAAGAAUGAGAAAGGUGUUAAGUCACAUUUCUGAUAGACAUAAAUAGGCUGCAUUCAUUCCUAGUGUAACUUUCUUGAAGCCUGUGGUGCUAUGCCAGAGUGAGCGUGGCUUAGCAACUCUUCAGAGUGAUCUGUCCUUGAAUCCAGACAAACUGAUCUGUUGCGGUGUUGCUUCGAUGUGUAGAGCUCACACUGGGACUUGGCCAACAUGAAUGAAUGUUGAAUUUCUACUGUCUUUUCAAGCAAUGGGUUGAAUUGUUCCGCUUUGCUGCCUCCAUCACAGCUGCUCCAUGAAGGGAAACAUUACACUCAUGGUUGUGAUCUUGUUUACUCCCUCAGAAGCCAGCUAAUGAGCAAAUUGACCUUUGCUGUGCUGGGAGAGGAGCCUUCUCCCACAGGACUGCAGCCUUUCUACAUGCAAUGGGAAACCAAGUUCCAAGGACAGAAUUGAAUCUGCAAGACUCAUGGCCUCCCCUUUUUCCUUCCCUCCUCACACCAUCUGUCUCACCUGGGGAAGGACAGUUUUCCUGUGGAGUUCAGCAAUCUCCUCUUCCUGCAGCCCACAGCCAGGCUCUACUAUCAGAUCCAUCAUCAACCUAUGCAACACGUCCAGGAAAUGCCGAGUAUCGAGGAGCCAGUGACAGUAUGCAGCAUGGCACAGCUGCUGCUGGAAAGCUAACUGGCUUUUAUUCCUCCCCUCUUUCCAGUGGAGACUGUUUUUGUUGGGGCCUUUUGUUUGGUUGCUUUUUGUAAACCUCAGCCUUCCAGGGAAAUGAAGCUUGUGAGAUAUCAGUGCCCAUCCUGAAGCCUCUCCAAUCCUGCAGACUUUGGGAGUGGAUGCAUUGCCUGCUGUGGUUAUAAUGUAGUGGACUUCAUAGAGCAAAGUAACUUCACACACAGACACGAGGUUCUUUCACUCUCCAUCAAUGCAAGCUGCUUCUGCGAUCUUAGCUACUUACAUUAGUGAAAGAAAAAAUGCCUAGCUAGAAUGUGUUGAGAUGACUUAGUAUUUUGUAUCGGUCCCACCAUCCAAAUAUCCAUUAGCAGCGCUGUCAGCCAGCAUGCCAUGAAUUCAGACUUUGGGUGGCAGCCCAUGAACCUGACAGGGUGAAAAGCUUUGGAAGACCCACUCCUAAGUCAGUGCACAUCUCCAGAGCACACGCAGAGAGGGCGUCUGUUGAAAGCACACGUCAGCACAAGGAGAAGUAGUUGCCUGUUGUUUGGGUGCACCUCCAAGGGUAAGUCUGGAUGUGUUGGUGGCUUUGGUCUGGUACGUCCCCUUCGUUCUGUAGCAAGUGGGUUGCAGCAUGGCAGGGCAUUGCUCAGUGAUCUGUGAGAGGAAACUCCUGACCUGGUUUUUGCAGGAAGAUGGUGCAAAGUGUCACAUUUGCUGCAGUGACUGGCAGAGAGCAGGGAUAAAAGCAUGGAAUAAGCUGUGUUUGAGAUGAAGCUAAUCCCUUGCUGGCCGGCUGAGAGGAGAGAGCCGUUGGAUCUGCUCCCUGGCCAAUGCUCUCCAGCUCUUCUCACCCUCCUCCAAUCCAAUGCAAACAUUAGUAUUCCUUUGAGCUCCCAAAUCACCCCUCUUCCAUCAGCUGCUUCUGGGACAUGAGCUCACACCAUUCCAGUCCUCUCCUGGGAAAUGUCACUGAACUCGUAGUGACCUCAAGUGUAUUGAUGGGGUAACCCACCAGUCUGAAUGUGAGCACCGCUUGCUCAGCACCACUUGCGUGCCCUGUGCCCACAGGUUGGCUGAGAGCAGCUGUCAGAGGCUUUGCAGAUGUGGGGAUUUCUGUGGGAGACGUGAAGCAAAGCAGGGUGAGAGGCUGCUAUAGUGCAGCAGCUGUGUUUUGGGUCAAGGAUGAAGAAGAGCUGGGGCAAAGCGGACUUUCAGGGCAGGCCCUUCCUGCAUGAAGAUACACUGGAUGGAGGAGGCCUUUCCCAGCUGAGGUGCCCAGGCAGGGCUUUGCUGCAUCGUCAGAGCAACACUGCUGCCUCCAGGCCCAGCACUGACAGCCAGAGCACGUGUCACCAAACCGCAAUGGAUAAUGCAGCCACAAGGUGUAAAUGUCACUAAUGAAUAAAUUGCCUUGUGCCUGGGAGAGGCUAAUCCAUCAUGGCCAGGGAUGGGGAUCUGACAGGGCUGGCUAUUUUGGGCACAGCUUGCAGGGAGGAAAUGCUUCACAUCUCAGCUGUCCCCUCUGCCCAGGGAGGCUGAUGUGAGGCCUGGCUCUGUGCUGCUUCCAUCUGCCCAGACUCACCAGCUCACGCCUCAGCCCUCUCCAGUGCCACCAGAAGAGGUACUGGGCUAUGUCCCCUAUGUCACGAGACACAGCCGACUCUACUACGCCAUUCCAUAGGCCACACACAGCCCCCUUCUCCCUCCCCUGUGGCUAAAUACCACUCAGCAACACCGUGGCCGGCUGUGCUUAUGGCCAGCAGGUAGGCGGCAGGCAGGGAUGGAGUUCAACAGGGACAAAUCCAGCCCUGCUGAAGCAAAGGGAUGCUGAGUGCAGCACCAAUCCCCACGCGUCCUCCUGCUCCUCCAUCCCCAGCUGAUGCCUGAAAGCAGCCUGCCAUCCUGUUGGCAACAUAUGCCAGCACGACACCUUGCAAACCGGUGCCUCCGUUGCUGUGAGCGGAAGCCAAGAGGCUCAGGAAGCCGCCACCGGCUCCUCGCUCUGCCUGCACAAAGCACGGCUCGCCAUCUGCCAUUACUGCCAGCCAGCCCCCGGCACCUCCAUCAUUCCCCUGCCUCGUCCUCCCCUCCCCCCGUCAGUCUGGCACAGAACCACACAUGCCACAUGGGCAGGGGGAUGCUCCCAUCCUGCAUGGGUGCCUGCAGCUGCUGCUGCUCACACCUGUAACCCAGCCUGAAGGUGACGACUGACUGGGCAAUGGCAGCAUCACACUUGGAGAAACUGCUGGUACAAUCAGCUGCUGGGGCUUUAAUUGUUAACAAUUCAUCCAUGGUUUGAAGCCUCGCACGCUGGUGGUAAUAGGCUGCUGGUCUCUUGUGGUGUCCAAGCAGUUCACAGGAGGAACACAGCUCAGGAGCAUGCUUGGAUGGUGGUUAAAUGGUGCCGAUAGUCUUGGCUGCACGCAGCAAAAGGAGCCAAGAGCAUCCUGGAAAGCAAUUCAAUGUUUUUUUUCAGGUGAUGCAUUUUUCACAAGCCCUUUUCUUCCCACCCCUGCUCCUCAGUGGCUGUGCUGGCCGGUGUGUGUGCUAUCCCAUCCCUGCCCUCCUGGCAUCAACCUCCAUUGCACAACUGGCUGUCCAGCAUGGCCCUGUACCUGGAGCUACCCACAGGCUUUCCCAGGACCUGACAUUCCCAUUAAGCCCCCAACCCACCCACACUGCUGGAGCCUCUCCUUCAGCCUGAAGCUGACCUGGGUCUUUUCUGCUGUUUCUGAACACGAGUUCUCAUCUCAUUCAGGUGUGUCAUCCAGUGGAAAUAUUUUGUAAAUGCAAAUAAAAUCAAUCUAUUCGAUACCUCGGUUUCGAGGAUGGGAAACAAGUAGUUGGAGGAGCCCGGGUGGGAAGGUUUCACAGCAGCUGCCCCUGGCUGUAUUUUUUGCAUAUGUAGCCUUUGAAGAACCCACAAACGGUUCAGAAAGGCACUACAAUGCCCUGCAAGGGCUCUGGGGUGACCCACAGGGCUCCUCUGUGUGGCUGCUGGUACCGGGGACAGCCUCGCACUCGAUCCUUUCUGAUCUAUAUGGCCAUGGAUGGCAUCAAGCAGGUGGCCUGUGUCCGUCAGGCAGAGCAAGGCACAAGCGGGUACGUGGCGAACAAAUUAUUUUGUGAGCACUGGGAACAGUUUUUACUCUUCAACUAUGUCAAUAUGAUCUAGCUCUGUCCGUCUCUCUAUAUAUGUACAAACAGUAUAUCACAAUGUUGCCUUUUUUGUUGGAAAUAUCAAAGUACAAAGAUUGUAAACCAAAUCGGUGUAAUAAAAGUUUCAGAUGACUCAUGGAA